UAGACGAGGAUUACGCGAGGCAAGGACGCGAGGGGAACAUACCGAAUGUCACUCUUGGAGAUCAGGUUGAACCGCUGACUGCCAGGUGUUAACUCCAGCCUAGCCGCACAAACCCUGGUUCAAGACCAGUAGGCAUUGAAGACUGACCCUAUAAGAUGGUUCAUAUCCAUAUUGAAGGGAGAGAUGCGCGUCAAUCGCGCAAGAGGAAAAGGAAAGAAACGAUGAAAGAAAGAGGGAAAGGGGGGAAGACGGUCGUUUAAAAAGGAGAGGAGGAGAAAGAAGGAAAGUGAAGGAAGAGAGAAGAAGAAGAAAUGGUGGAACUGCUGGUUUUGUGGUGGGAAAAGCUUUUCGGGAUACGGCGGACAAGAGAAGCUCAGUGUGCAGUUCUUUCGUUUCUUUUGCCAGUUGAAUACAACUCCACUCCGCAUUCUCCGACUUAGAAUUUCCCCUCCACUUUUCCCCUGCAUGCGGCCUUCAUUUUCAGGAGAGAGUCCACGUGAACCAAUCAACCCUACCAUUGCUUCUUGACUCUGCUCAAUAUGUCUCGUUCUUCCCAUCGGGACGAUUUCUUUCAAACUACGGCGGCGCUUGACGAGCAGAAGCGAAAGGACGCUAAAUCUAAAAAUACAAAUGGAGACCCCAUCAGGCUACAAAGUAAGAUCUUGGCAGUCGAGGCAGACCCUCUGAAUCCUGGGGCCGUAUUCGUGGCGCAGAGUGGUGGCACGGUCCGAAAGAUUAUACUCGAAACAGGUGAAACUGCUGCUCUUUAUAAAGGACCAACGGCCCCCAUCACAAGCCUCUGCUUUAGCCCCGACGGUCGAUUACUAUUCGCCGGUUGUUGGGAUAAAUACGUCUGGUGCUGGGAUGUGGCUUCGAAGGAAGUGAAACAGAAAUACGAAGGUCAUACCGACUUUGUAAGAGCGGUGGUCACCACCCGACUCCAGGGCAAGGAUGUCCUCGUCUCUGGUGGGGCCGAUGCGCAGAUCUUGGUGUUUGACAUUGCCAGUGGGGAGCGGCUCUCCGUCCUGAAGGGACAUGCCAAGGGUAUCCAAGGACUUGUUGUAGAUCCCGUCUCGUUAGAUUCUGACAGCCAAGAGCUGGUUGUGUUCAGCUCUGGCAGCGAUCGGGAGAUUCGCCGUUUCGACAUUGCCAGUGGCAGUAAAGACCUGACUGGCACAGACGCCAUCCUAGUCCAUGACACGAAUGUAUACACGCUCUUCUUUGACCGGGAUGCCGACUUGUGGACUGCCUCUGCAGACAAAACCGCAAAAUGCCUCGUGCGGGAGGAUGGCUGGAAGCCAAACUUGACAUUAACUCACCCAGAUUUUGUCCGCGACGUAGUUGUUUACGAACAAGGUGGCUGGGUUGUGACAGCAUGCCGGGAUGAAGAGGUUCGCGUAUGGAAUCGCUCGACCGGACAACUUUACCAUACCUUCUCUGGUCAUUUCGAGGAGGUCACGGGACUCGUACUUCUGGGCUCAACGCUUGUCAGCGUCAGUAUCGAUGCUACUAUCCGUCGGUGGUCCUUGAAGCCUGAGGAUCUCCAGGUCGCUGUAGAAAGGGCCAAGAACACAUCGGCAAUUGAGGAGCCGGAGCCAAAUCCGGAAUCUAUGCUUACGGAGGAGGAAGAGCGUGAGUUGGCUGAGCUUUUAGAGGACUGAUUGGGUAUCUCACGAGCUCAUGAUAUUCCAUACAUGAUCCACCAAAGAAAUCCUUUUCGAAAACUUAUACGAUAAUAACUCACGGUGAUAGAAGAAAGAUAAUUAGGUUUACAUUGGCCCGUAACAAUUAAAUC